AUGUUAGGCGUCUUCCGCUCCUCCUCCAACGCCGACCCAAACGAGGCCAUGGUCGCCUCGCAGCAGAAGCACAUCACAGAGCUCGUCGCCAAAACCAAGACGCUCGAGCACACGAUCGAACGCCUGCGCGGCGAAGUGACUGCGGCGGAGACGCGCGGGGCCACCGCCGCCGCCGCCGCGCGGGACCGCUGGGCGGCGGAGCGCGACGAGUGGCGCGCGGGCUGCGAGGAGCUCCAGGCGGCGCACCGCGUCGCGCACCUGCGCACCGCCGGGCUGCUCGACCGCGAGCGCGCGGCGGGGCUCGCGGCGCGGGGGGUGCUCCGGCGGGAGAGGGAGGCGCGGCUGCUGCGCGACUACAAGCUCGUGAUGUUCCAGGCGAAGGAGCUCGAGCUCGAGGGCAGGAUCGCGGCGCUCCAGCGGGAGCGGGCGAGGGAGGUGGAGGAGCGGGCGGCGGAGGAGGAGGAGAGGAGGGAGGCGGCGAGCGAGACGGCGGCGGUGUUGGAGGCGCGGUGUCAGGAGCUGGCGGCGAGGCUGAAGGAAGGGGCGGCCGCGCAGGUGAGGACGGUGAAAGAGAAAGAGCAAGCAGAGGAUGCACUCGCUGUUUUGCGUGCGGAGCAUGCGACGCUGACGACGGCGUCGGACCGGACGACGCAAAGCCUGGAAAGGGCGUCGUUGCAGCUCGAGGCUCUGAAGACCACCAAUGCCGAUCUAGAGAAGAAGUACAUCGAAUCGGAGGCCAAGGUCACCGGUCUUAACCGCCAGAUCCAGCAGUGGGUGAACCUCGAGAACCGCGAGAACUCCGAGGUCGAAGCGCUGCGCAAGAGUCGUAUGGAGCUGGAGCUGAAGACGCGGCAGCUGGAGGGAGACAAGACGGAGGCUGAGAAGCAGCUGGCAAGCGAGACGGCCAGAGCAGACAAGGGACAGCGCAAGAUCGAGAAGUAUAAAGAAGCUUGGGAUGCGCAUGUGGCUGAGACCGAGCAGGCUCAGAGCGACGCUGAUAAAGCGACCAACGAUCUCCGGGAGAUAGAGGAGGCUAACAAGAAACUCAAAUCGCAACUAAAGGUACUCAAGGAACGCAUAGAGGGGCUUGAGGAACGAGCCGGCAAUGUCCACGAGGCCUCGGGCUCUAAACCACGAAAGCAGACAAAGAGCCCGUCAAAGCGUGCGCCUCCAGUAUCUGACGAAGAGGAGGAGGAGUCCGCAUUAGCUCCGAAGAAACGAUCCAAGGUCAAGGCCGCACCCCCGCCCACCGAAGAGGACGAUGACGACGACGACAUUCAAGUAAUCCAGCCGCCGCCGAAGUCGAAGAGCAAAGACAAGGGGGCUGCGAGAACAAAAGACAAGGCGCGGGCACAGCAGUCUGACGACGAUGUCGAGGAAGUGGCUCUAAAGCCAAAACCGAAGCCGAAGACGGCCAAAGACAAAGACAAGAGCAACGGGAAGGAGGACGGGAAGGAGAAGAAGGCGCGCAAGAAGUCCACCACCGUUGACGACGCCAAUGACAGCGACGUGCAGGUCAUCGAGUCGAGUUCGAUGGCUACUGGCAAGGGGGCCAAGAAGGGCAAGACCAAGGCGGAUUCAGUCUCGGCCUCGGACGCACCUGCGACCAAAAGAGGCGGGAAGAAGCCAGCUGCCGUUGAUGACGAUGAAGAGCGCCCCCUGCCGAAGAAGCGGGGACGACCACCCAAGGCUAAGGGGAAGCAGGCAGUGUCCGAGGACGAGGACGAUGGUUCGACGGCGCCGAAGAAGAAACGGAAGCUUAACCUCUUCUCGACCUCACAAGCAACUACCUUCCAGUGGAACGGCACUCUCAACGGAGAAGGUGGACUGAAUAUCCCAACCGAACUCUCGCCCGUCAAGGUGAGCGAGGCCGCGCAGCAACCUCGAACAAGUUUCGCAUCAAUGAUGGGUAGCCUCGGACGCCGUCGUUGA